AAAGCCUAUUCGCAAGACCUGAAACAAUAACUCGAGAGUUAUUAUGGCAACUCUGUUCUUCAACUCACUCUUAUUAUCAUCACUUCUACUUCUUCAUCAAUUCUUUUUUUCCUCUUCGGUUUCUGCUUAUUCUUUCAAUGACGUCAAAUUAUGGUGCAGCCAAACUCCUAAUCCUCAGCCAUGUGAUCACUUCUUGAAUCAACACACGAAUCUCCAACACAAACCUAUCAACAACAAAGAUGAUUUCUUCAAGCUUUCUCUACAGCUCGCCCACGACCGCGCUCUGGCCGGCCAUGAAAAUGCUGUUUCGCUUGGCCCAAGGUGUCGGAAUCAAAGGGAAAAGGCUGCAUGGGCGGAUUGCCUAGAGUUGUAUGAGCACACCAUCCACAAACUCAACAAAACCCUAGACCCUAACACCAAGUGCACCCAAGCUGAUACACAGACAUGGCUCAGCUCAGCUCUUACAAAUCUUGAGGCCUGUAAAGACGGGUUUUACGAACUUGGGGUUCAAGACAAUGUGUUGCCUUUAAUGUCCAACAAUGUCACCAAGUUGCUGAGCAAUACUCUGGCUUUAAACAAGGUUCCAUAUGAUGACAAACCAAGUUACAAAGAUGGGUUCCCGACAUGGGUCAAGCCGGGUGACAGGAAGUUAUUGCAGAGUUCUUCUCCAUCUUCUCAGGCCAAUGUCAUCGUGGCGAAAGACGGGUCGGGACAUUUCACGACAGUUAGUGCCGCCAUUGGUGCUGCACCGAAGAGCAACAGUGGGAGGUAUGUGAUAUACGUGAAGGCAGGUAUAUAUAACGAACAAGUUGAGAUAAAAUUGAAGAAUAUAAUGUUAGUGGGAGAUGGUAUUGGAAAGACUAUCAUUACUGGGAGCAAUAGUGUUGGAGGAGGCACAACCACCUUCCGUUCUGCAACUGUUGCUGUUGUUGGGGAUGCCUUUAUUGCGCAAGACAUAACAUUUAGGAACACUGCUGGAGCAUCAAACCACCAAGCUGUGGCUUUACGUUCAGGUUCAGACUUAUCAGUAUUCUACAAAUGUAGUUUUGAAGGAUUCCAAGACACAUUAUAUGUGUUCUCUCAGAGACAGUUUUAUAGGGAAUGUGACAUUUACGGCACAGUUGAUUUCAUCUUCGGCAACGCCGCCGUAGUUUUCCAGAAUUGCAACCUCUUCGCUCGAAAUCCUCCGAACAAAAUCAACACGAUCACCGCCCAAGGUCGAACCGAUCCGAACCAGAACACCGGAAUUUCUAUCCACAAUUGUAAGGUCACAGCUGCCUCAGAUUUACGGCCAGUUCAGAGCUCUGUGAAAACCUAUCUUGGAAGGCCAUGGCAACAAUAUUCAAGAACAGUUUUCAUGAAGACUUUUCUUGAUAGUUUGAUUGAUCCUUCUGGUUGGUUGGAAUGGAGUGGUAACUUUGCCUUGAGUACUUUGUACUACGGAGAGUACAUGAAUACUGGUUCAGGUUCAUCAACUUCAAAUCGUGUUAUAUGGCCUGGAUAUCAUGUGAUUUCUAGUGCAUCGGAAGCUUCAAAGUUCACUGUCUCAAACUUCAUUGGAGGAAAUUCGUGGUUGCCCGCCACUAAUGUUCCUUUCACUUCUAGUUUAUAGAUCAUUAUUUUGUAUGCUAUAUGAUCAUUAAUUGGUUCUAAUAAUUCGUUGUUUUGAGUUAUUGUGCCAAAAGAAAUAAUUAUGUGUUUUCAGGUCCAAAUGUUGUAAUAGUGUCUUUGUGUUUUUAAUUUAUUUGUUGUCACUAAUGUUGUUGUAUCAUACAGAAGUUACUUUUAUUAUAUAUAGUUCAAAGCCUUAUUUUAUUG